AUGAUUGUGAUCAUUACAGGCGCCCGGCAUCCACAGCAGCAGUUCAAGUUACCUCCUGAUGUCAGUAUGGAUAUUGAGAAUACCCAUGAGCCACUGCCCACUCCUCCUCCUAAUGAGUCAGACAACUACAAACUGACUCAUAACCCACGUGGUUGGUGCGUGGUCUUCAACAAUGAGAUCUUCACAGGAACACAUCUGAAGGAUCGAAAAGGAACUCAGAAGGAUGCAGAUGCUCUGAAUGCAGUGUUCACUCGCUUAGGUUUUCAAGUGAAGAUACACAACAACUGUACUGCAGAGCAGAUGAAGAAGAAAAUAAAUGAUCUUGGCAGGAUUAAUUUUACAAGUGAUGAUGCCUUGGUGGUGUUCGUGCUUUCACAUGGAGAAAAGGAGUGUGUCUUUGGCACUGAUGGGGAAAGGGUGCUCCUGAAAGAGCUGACGGACCCCUUUACAAGUAAAAGAGCCUCAACCUUGACAGGGAAGCCCAAACUCUUCUUCAUUCAAGCCUGUCAAGGUGAUGGAUACCAGAAAGGAUACCCUGACGACUCAAGCCCUGAUGAGACAGUGCCUGAGCUAGCAGACUUUCUGAUCGGCAUGGCCACAGUAGAGGAGUGCAAGUCCUUUCGAAACACACUCACAGGAUCUAUCUACAUCCAGGAGCUGUGCAAACAGCUGAAAAUAGCAGCGGAAAGACAGGAGAUGGACGAUAUCCUCACUGUCCUGACACGUGUGAACAGGGAGAUCAGCAAAGGAGAGUAUUCAACCCACAAACCAAUGCCAGAGCCCAAAUACACUCUCACCAAGAAGCUUGUCCUCAAAUAUAUAUGA